UUGACUUUCUUGUACAGCUGUUUUCAACAAGGAAGAAGACAUUGCAACCUAUACUAUUAGGGCAGUGGAUGACCCAAGAACCUUGAACAAAAUCCUCUACAUCAAGCCCCCUGCUAACAUCUACUCAUGUAACGAUCUUAUGUCUUUAUGGGUGAAAAAAAUUGGCAAUACUCUUGAAAGGGUCUAUGUUUCAGAAGAGCAACUUCUAAAGAACAUUGAAGAGGCACCUAUUCUAGACAGUUUGGUAUUAUCAGUUGGUUACUCUAUAUUCGUGAAAGGAGAUCACUCUAACUUUGAGAUCGAGCCCUCAUUUGGAGUGGAAGCUUCCGAGCUUUAUCCGGAUGUUAAAUACACAACGGUGGAUGAGUACCUCAAUCAGUUUGUAUGAGAAUCACCUACCUUGUUCAGUUUGUAUGGGAUUGUAGUGACGCCCCGAUGGUGUUGCUUGUUUCUUAAGUAAAUCUGCAGUGUCUUAAUUACAAACAGAAUUGGGGCUAUACUUUGAUUGUGUCCAUCUUUGUGUCCUGAUCACAUCAUGCAACUGGUUCUAUGUUUUUCCCUUAAUUUUCCUUUUCUUUCUUGUAAAUGGUGGUUAUUAUUGUAGAUUUCAAGCAAAUGUCAUUGGUUUUGAGCAUCUGAGUUAUUAUAAUAUAUGGAUUUGUUUCAUGUUAGAA